GCCCCGUGGCCGCUGAGCCAAUAGGCGGCGGGGGGGCGGAGCGUGGCGGCAGGACUUGCCCGGGCAUGUGGGAGCCAUUGCAGCAGCUGCUUCCGGGAAAGCCACGUGUGGGCAGCCGGCUCGCUGGGAUGCCUUCUGGCCAGGGUCUAAUGCCAGGUGUUGUGAGCACAGUGAAGGUCUGUGAGGUGGGGCAGAAGGGUGCCGAUGGCCGGUUUCUCGGGUACUCCAACUCCAGAAGGGAUCUGUGCUGCCCUCGUACCAAAGCCCACCUGGCUCGCAGAGCAGAUGUGGAAGAUCGUGGCUUGCUGCAGAGCCAGAAUAAAAAGAAGAGUCGGAAGCACCAGCGGUUUAUGGCGCACAGGGCUCUGCUGGAGCAGAGGGGACUGUUGAGACCCACGCUGGGACACGGAACUGAGCCAAUGGCGUUCACGGUGUCCAAAGAGGGCCUGCUAAACAGGGAAGCCAGCAGAUGUGGCCAGCCAGCCAGCGGGGCUGUAUCUCUUGUGAAAAAUCAGUCUGGGGGGGAAGUCCAUGUAAAGCUCACAAAGCUGAAGCGGGCUCUGAUACAGUCUCUGCCAGCCCCUUCGGAGGGUGCAGGUGGGCAAUGCUCCCUUUCACUUUCUCAAGACUCGGAGAGCAGGUUACCUUUGCCUGGCAGCUCCAACUCAGGCAGAGCUUCCUUGUCCCGCUCGCUGCAGAGACCUGGGAAAUGUGUGGCCAUUGAUUGUGAGAUGGUGGGCACAGGCCCUGGCGGGAAGCUGAGUGAGCUGGCGCGAUGCACGGUGGUGAACUACAACGGAGAUGUAAUCUAUGACAAAUACAUCCGGCCAGAGCUUCCCAUCAUGGACUACAGGACUCGCUGGAGUGGGAUCACCAAGCAACACAUGCAGAACGCUACCCCAUUCAGUGCUGCACAGAGAGAGAUCUUGAAGAUCUUGAAAGACAAGAUUGUGGUGGGACAUGCCAUCCACAAUGACUUCCGAGCCCUGAAAUAUUUUCACCCCAGAAGCCGGACUCGAGACACCAGUCGAAUCCCUUUGCUGAACCGGAAGGCAGGACUCCCUGUGAAAGCCAGUGCCUCUCUCAAGAGCCUGGCAAGGCAGCUGCUUCACAAAAGGAUUCAGGUUGGCCAGAAGGGACACUCGUCGGUGGAGGAUGCUCGGACUUCCAUGGAGCUUUACAGACUGGUGGAGGUCCAGUGGGAGCAGGAGCUUGCCAGCUGCCACCCCUCCAGUCCCCCUCACACUCCUACGGACAGCUGCACAGACCACUACAUGGAGGACCAGUACUGGCCCAAGGACCUGAAUAUAGUCUGCAAAUGAAAUGCUCAGUCUCCAUCUUCUCCUUGAUGGUUUUUCCUCCCAACAGAGACAUUGUCACGCCUUCGGAUUUUAAACUGAGAAUAGCUGUCGGCUCCUACUUAAUCUUUGCUCCCCCAACAUUGCAGCUUGGUGGUGGUGUAUGAGAGCCUGAAAACGACACUGAUCAAUCCAACUGCGUGGCCCAAGCUGGACAAAAAGCAAAUGUAGGAUGAGAAAAUAAGACUUUAAAUACUUUCAGCUUCAUUAACUUGAAGUGUUAGAGAGGGAAAUUAACCCAACCCCCCCCUCCCCCCCACUUCUCACCUGCCAGUGCCCUAUAAUGCCCCUCCCAUGUUUGAACACUAGGGAGAACUAAGAUGAAAUGUGAAGCACAUCUCUGCCCUUCUUUGGCUGCUAUGGAGCCUGCACUGGUCCCCUGGUGGCCAUCAGUUACACUGCAAAGCAUGAUGUGGGGAGUCUUGGUUGUGUAGUAGAUGCAGAAAGAGGGAGGGGUAGGAGGCAGCAGGUGCAGACCCUCAAUGGCAUGGAGUGCUGUUGACUAAAGAGAAGUUCUGGGACCUUGCUUCCUAAUUCCCACCACAGAUUAGCUUGCCUGGAAGGUUGCAGGCAGCUGUUUAUCUUGUUAGAGCCCUGCCAAAAGGCCCUUUGACCGAUGGCAAAGGAAAUGUGAUUAUGCUUGUUUUCUCAAUGUCAGGGUCAAAAUGUAGCUGACAUUCCCAGAUCUGUGACCAGAUGACACGAGGUGUUUCUACGCUGCAAUAAAACCCAUAUGGCUGGCCCAUGUCAACCUACUCAGGCCCGGGGGCCUAGAAAAUGGCAGGGUAGAUGUAUGGGCUCAGGCUGGAGCCUAGGCUCUGGGACCCCAUGAGGCCCCUAGGCCCUAAUUCUCAGUUGUUCCAUUUUAGUCCCAAGUGCAAUACUGGAGGGAGACCAAGGUGGCUCUAAACCAUUUUUGUGCUUCCCCAGACUCCUGGGACAGCAGUGGCAUGGGCCGCCUGACUCUCCAGUAGAGCACAGGGCCGCUGUAACUUACACUGAGCUUUGUGUGGCUGUAAAGCAACAAAUAAUGGGGCCCUGAGAUCCAGGUCUGGAUCAAAUGCAAUGUCCUGCUUUUCAGGCAGCUUCGCAGUGGGUUUGACUUGACAGAAAGCAGACUUGGCCCCUCUUUGCACAGCUUGUGGCUCCUGGAUUAAAAUCUAUGACGUGCCUGGCUCCUUUCCAUACUCCCCACCCAUGCGCCUGUGCUGAUUCUAUCAGAUGUAAACCACCUGUGCGGAUAUAAAGAUUAUUUCUCUAGGCUGCCCUUUAUGUCCCACCACACUUUAACAAGAUGGAUGUGUGAUGGCAAUGUCAUCUUGCCCCGCCUGUGUGCUCAGACCAUCCUUCCGCUCUGUUUGGAACUCUGGGACUUUAAAUUCAGAGCAAUCCUGGGGCUCCACCAAUCUCUGUGUGUUGCCCUUGGGGUCUGUAUUUGGGAUCUCUCCUUAUGUCCUCCCAGAGAUGGGGAAAGCUGCACACUCCCCUUCCCGGGGGAAAUGUUCCACUCCUUGCAGUGUAUGUACAUCACGCAGAGCUGGGACCAUGUCGGGCAGGGCUGACCCUGCCUCCUAAUCAAUUUUGGUUCUGAGUUAAUAGGCAACUGCACUUUGAAAUGACGCAGCAGGAUAUCCACUCAGCAGGUUCUAACAAAGGUUAAUGCCAUGCUGCCGUAUAGAAACGUGACAUGCACUCUCCUCUGCCCCAACCUUCCUUCAUGUGCCUAUGUUUCUAAGUUUUAUAUGACCUUUGUAUGCGUACCGCUGAGCUUUGAGCCUGCAUCACUGACUCUUCGUGGGUUAAGUGAAAGGAUCAGAGGAGUGGGAAAUGCUUCAAAUCUGAUUUCUGUGAUAGCAAUCAGCUGUAUGGUUUAAAAGGCUAAAUGUUUCUCUGGCAGAGCUAGAACUAGAGUCUUCGUGGUGGGGACUCUGAAUUAACCACCAGGAAAUCCCAGACAGUGCAUUUACCUCCAUUCUAACCUGCCUCAGGUGAUUGUGUUAUGCGUAAGGCUGAGUAACUUUAACUAUCUCCAAGUGCACUGAUUGUGGAACUGCUCUGCCUGGAGCCCUAUCAUUGUUACAGAUGAAACCCACCUAUAGAAAUAAGCCAGAGUUGUGCAGUUAACUGGGUUUUAUUCAGCCAUUGCCAGUCAAAGCUCUGUCUAUAUGCAAUAUCCUAAGGCCAGUUCAUACCAUAGCCUGUGUGGGCCAGUGACAGCCAUGGUGUUGAGGCUGUUCAAUGCUAAGAGAAGUUGACUUUUGUUCUCCUCCCCCAAAAUGUUUAAUUGUUUUGUGGGAGGAGGAAGGGGUACCAGGAUGACCAUAGGUCUUACGUACUUCUAACCAUUCAGCUGUGGUAUAGUGCUCUGUGGCUGAUGGCUUCCUUUAUUCUUCUGUCACUGGUUUUGUCUCCUUCUGGGGCAGUUUGAAUAUAGAGGGUGGGAACCAGCCACCUUGCCUUGGAUCACACUCCUUUCUGCUUAGCGAUGCUGUGUUUGAAGAGAAGCAUGCCUGUACAUACUUUCUGUAGUAACAGGCCAAGGAGAAGGCAGAUGGUCCUGUCGUGGGGUCUUCCUGUCAGUUUCAUACUUGUCCCCACAGUCUACGCAGACCAGUAGGAAAAAAGAUUCUAGCCUCAGCUUUGAGGAUGCAUCCAAUGAAAGUGCUGCACUACAGUCUUCCUGAAUGUGCAGUCUCACAGGCUGAGAGAAGGUGUGAGGUUUCCCUCAUUCAGUUCACCCCUUGGUGGUUUAAUGUGGCCCGACUGAAACAAUAAAACUGGAGGAAAUUCAGAACCCAACUUCAUAGCCUCUUGAGUGAGGAGCUUCCUGUCCCAGGUACCAGGGUUGUGAUGAACAAACAAAACCCAGAGUCUCAACUCUGUAUCUCUCUAGAAAGAGUGUAAAGUGUGUAGUGUGAUGCUAGAGGUUUACAAUGAAAUAUUUAUAUAAUAUAUUUGUCAAUCUGUGAAACUCA